GCGCUGGCGUGGGCGCGGGGCCCAGGUGCGGCUCUGGAGCGUGGAGGGACCUUUUCCCGGUGCAUGGAAGGGAAGCCAAUGCGCAGGUGUGCCAGCAUCCGACCCGGAGAGACAGCCAUGGACGUGACCAGCCGCUGCACCCUGGGCGACCCCAACAAGCUGCCCGAGGGGGUCCCGCAGCCCGCCCGCAUGCCCUACAUCUCCGACAAGCACCCGCGGCAGACCCUGGAGGUGAUCAACCUCUUGCGCAAGCACCGGGAGCUGUGCGACGUGGUGCUGGUGGUGGGCGCCCGCAAGAUCUACGCCCACCGCGUCAUCCUGUCGGCCUGCAGCCCCUACUUCCGGGCCAUGUUCACGGGCGAGCUGGCCGAGAGCCGCCAGACGGAGGUGGUCAUCCGCGACAUCGACGAGCGGGCCAUGGAGCUGCUCAUCGACUUCGCCUACACGUCGCAGAUCACCGUGGAGGAGGGCAACGUGCAGACGCUGCUGCCGGCCGCCUGCCUGCUGCAGCUGGCCGAGAUCCAGGAGGCCUGCUGCGAGUUCCUCAAGCGCCAGCUCGACCCCUCCAACUGCCUGGGCAUCCGCGCCUUCGCCGACACCCACUCCUGUCACGAGCUGCUGCGGGUCGCCGACAAGUUCACGCAGCACAAGUUCCAGGAGGUGAUGGAGAGUGAGGAGUUCAUGUUGCUCCCGGCCAAUCAGCUCAUCGACAUAAUAUCCAGCGACGAGCUCAACGUCCGUAGCGAGGAGCAGGUGUUCAACGCCGUGAUGGCCUGGGUCAAGUACAGCAUCCAGGAGCGGCGCCCUCAGCUCCCCCAGGUGCUCCAGCACGUGCGUCUGCCUCUGCUGAGCCCCAAGUUCCUGGUGGGCACUGUGGGCUCCGACCCCCUCAUCAAGAGCGACGAGGAGUGCAGAGACUUGGUCGACGAGGCCAAGAACUAUCUCCUGUUGCCACAAGAACGACCGCUGAUGCAGGGGCCCCGGACACGGCCGAGGAAGCCCAUCCGCUGCGGGGAAGUUCUCUUCGCAGUCGGAGGCUGGUGCAGCGGCGACGCCAUCUCCAGCGUGGAGCGGUACGACCCGCAGACCAACGAGUGGCGCAUGGUGGCGUCCAUGAGCAAGAGGCGCUGCGGCGUGGGCGUCAGCGUGCUGGACGACCUGCUGUAUGCCGUGGGCGGCCACGACGGCUCCUCCUACCUCAACAGCGUGGAGAGGUACGACCCCAAAACCAACCAGUGGAGCAGUGACGUGGCCCCCACGAGUACCUGCAGGACCAGCGUGGGUGUGGCGGUGCUGGGGGGCUUUCUGUACGCCGUGGGGGGCCAGGACGGCGUGUCUUGUCUCAACAUUGUGGAGAGGUAUGACCCCAAGGAGAACAAGUGGACCCGUGUGGCCUCCAUGAGCACCCGGAGGCUCGGCGUGGCCGUGGCCGUGCUGGGGGGCUUCCUGUACGCCGUGGGCGGCUCUGACGGCACAUCUCCCCUGAACACAGUGGAGCGCUACAGCCCCCAGGAAAACAGGUGGCAUACCAUCGCCCCCAUGGGCACCCGCCGCAAGCACCUGGGCUGCGCCGUGUACCAGGACAUGAUCUACGCCGUGGGCGGGCGGGACGACACCACGGAACUGAGCAGUGCCGAGAGGUACAACCCCCGGACCAACCAGUGGGCCCCGGUGGUGGCCAUGACGUCACGGCGCAGCGGGGUCGGCCUGGCCGUGGUGAACGGCCAGCUCAUGGCCGUCGGGGGCUUUGACGGGACAACGUACUUGAAGACCAUUGAAGUUUUCGACCCUGACGCCAACACGUGGAGGCUGUACGGCGGAAUGAACUACCGCCGGCUGGGAGGCGGCGUCGGCGUCAUCAAGAUGACACACUGCGAGUCGCACAUCUGGUGAACCAGCGAGCGCCAGCGUGUCCGCCCCGCGCGGGGCCCCUGGACUCUGCCCU